AUGAAAGUUCCACCUCCGAACGAGUCCUCUGCCGCUUGCAAUGGUGUUCAGGCCUCUUUCAUCGACAGUAGCCCCCUGCCCAUGCCUCCACACGAAGAAGACUUUCGCUCGGUAGUUCUCCCUGUGGGGAGCGACUGGGGCAGCGUCAUGGCUUCCGACGAGGGUAACAGCUUCGACAACGACGCUCACCGAGGACCAACAGACAGCUUACCCUGUCUCCGUGAUAUCUACGCUGCCGAUGAUGAUGAUGAUGACGAUCUUCCCGCA